AUGAUGAACACCUUGCGCAGGGUUCUGUUCGGCUGUAUCGGGCUGUCACUGAUCUUUAUGGCCCUCUGCAUGAUGACCUUCUAUGCGGGGGUCAACCUGGAGAAGAUUGUGUGUGAGCCAGGAAAGAAACUGCAGUACAUGACAGAGGUGCUUGAUGUCCCGAAUGCAGUGAGGAAUCAUCCCGGAUACUACAUGUCGUCUGUCCUCCUGGGAAAUGGAAAUAUCACCAUGAAAUCUGCAGAAAUGUACAGAUCCUGUCUGAAGAACGAAGGGUCAUACCAGCUGUUUUCACGUUACCUUGUUCCAACAAUCUUCCAGGACCUGGAUUACACACAGACCUUCCGCACUGUGGACAGUAGUUUCAACAAGAUGUACGUAGAUGUUAGUGGAGUCUCAAUGGUCACCUCUCAGUUUGAGACAUGGAUUUCAAACUUCAAUGCGGCAGCUUUCUUCGACCUUUCCCGAUACCAUAAUAUGCUCAAGUCAGGUGUGAUCAAAGCGGAUGUGAACAACUACAUCAACAACAUCAGGACUAUAUUGAGCUCAGGAGGACCUAGGUUUCCGGCUAAGGUGAUCUCAGUUUGGGUUGUGGAGACUUCCUUGUUGCAAUCUAAUCUGGAGGAAGUGGCAGAUGGUCUACAGGGUUUAACAGGCAGUAUCCAAACUGUCACUGUUCUCAAGAAUAAUGUCUUGGCUGAAUUUGAGCUCUACAAAUCAGAAGUUGAGCAUAUCAAGAAUGUCACUGAGUCGGCAGUGAGGAAACUGAGAACCCUGGACCCAAGUCUUCAAACCAGAUCGUCAGUGUUGAUCAGAAAGGGUGUGGAUCUGUACCGACAAGCAUUCAAGACAAGCUAUGCCGACUACAAGAACCGAAGCGAACACUGGAUCCAUGAGCUGGGAAACUGUCGGCCUGUGGCUGAUGCCUACGAUGCUUUAGUCUACGGCUUCUGUGAUAUGCUGUCAGACUUUGAGAAUGCAGACUGGAUGCUGGAGGGAAAUAACUCUGUGACGCUGAUGUUUCUGCUGGUGUUUGUGUCAGUUGUGUUGUACUAUCUCCCUGAUGACGACGGUGAUGACACUACAGAUGAGUUUGACAGCAUAUUUGGAAAUGGGCCACCAAAGGGGUUGAUCAACAAAGCCAUCUACAAAGUAAAGUGUGUGUUUAUCAAGCGACGUCCAAGCAAGAAUGGAACGGUCAAGCAGGGCAGCUCUGUAGACAGUAAUGGAUCCAAUGCUGCUCCCCUGCUGAACAAGAAUGGGGAGAACCUGGAGAUGAAGAACAUGCCCAAUGGCAGCAUAAUGAACUCCAAGACUGAGAAGAACCCAAGUCCGGUGUCAGAGACAGCAGUUGUCUCCCCUAGAACCGUGGGGACAGACAGCACUGUGUCACUAGAGGGCUCUGUGUCCACACCAAGCCUUGACACAGACACAAAGUCUGGAACCAGUAAAAAUAGUGCAAGUACGAACAAAAGCAGAGGUGUUGUUAACCAAGGAGGUGAUCUCUCCACUUCAGGUGCGUCACGUCCAGGGAGCGUAGUGAUAUCAGAGGUUCAUCCUCGUCCAAAGGGUGUUGACCUUUCACCCAACGUAGCUCCAGGAACUUUUGUAAGUUCUCGACCGGGCAGUUCUGGAAAUACUCCAAGUUCAGCAUCUGCUCAUGUCCUGGUUACAGACAUAGAUAUGUAACUCUGUCAGCCAUUAAUAUUGAGUGCCAUCUGUGAUUUUUAGCUCACCUGCCCACAAGAUGUAAAAGCCGAAACAGAAUCGUGGCGAGUUUCAGUCAUCUUCCCAGAAAUUGGACAGAGAGGAAACUGAUACUGAUUCUUUUAGUGAGUGAGUGACUGAGUUUAGUUUGACGCCGCUUUUAGCAAUAUUCCAGCAAUAUCAUGGCAAAGGACA